CACCCCACCCCACCUUUACUUCCUAUAUCACAUACCCAAAAUCCACCGUUCAGUUUCCUCCUUUGAACAAUCAAUCGGCGUAAGGAAAGAGAACCAAAACACUGGCUUCCAUAUCAGCACCGCCGAUCCCUCUACUAACCCUUCUCCUCAUAAUCUUCUUCCUCCUCUACCUCUCCUCUUACUCCAACUACAGGCACCACAUGAACCAGACGUUCAUCAGCUUCAAGCUCGUCCUUCUGUUCGUUCCCGUGGCUAUGAUCUUCGCUGCUCAGCUUCUCCCCAAGUUCGAGAGGUUUGUUUUCCCACGCACCAAGGCGGAGUACUACGGCAGCUCGUCGGCGGCGGUGAAGAGGCGGCAGGUUGACCUGCCGUGGGGGAUGGUGGCGGUGGUGGUGUUCCUUCUGCUCAUGGUUUCUUUCCAGUCGUCUCUUCAGUCCAUGUGGUCGCCGGUUGUGCGACGGUCCAGUUGAGUUGAGAGAGAUUGGGAUGACGUUGUACUGGUGGGUUUCUUUUUCUGUUGUUGUUGUACGGUUUUGGCGGCGCUGGGAAUUUGUGACUGUUUACUAUGAAUAAAACAGUUGCAAAAUCUCCCCUAUGCUUAUGAGUUUUGAAAAUAAAAUGAAGUGUGGUUUAUGGA